AAUUUAUUGGACUGGAUCGGAUUUGGUGGAAAGAAUGAUCGCGGAAUAAAGUGUUUUACAGCAUUUUUUUAUAAAAGAAUUGGUUCUAAAUCUUCUAAAUCAAUAAUGAUCAGGAUUUUGAAUAGAUAAUAAUCAAUCUGCCGUUAAGAAAGCAACAAAAGGCUUGAUAUUCCUGUGAAAUCCUUCCAAGGCAAACAUGGCCAGUGUGUCGCGUGGCGGUGGUGGAUCUAACCCGCAUGGUCUGAGGCAAAUAGGAUUGGACCAGAUAUGGGAUGAUCUAAAAUCUGGAAUAGACCAUGUCUAUAAACGACAGAGUAUGAAGAAGAAUCGUUACAUGGAACUUUACACACAUGUUUAUAAUUACUGCACAAGUGUCCACCAGUCUAAUCAAGGUCAGCAAAGGACGCCCACUUCCAAGUCCAAGAAGGGUCAGCCGCAGGGUGGGGCACAAAUAGUUGGUCUUGAGCUCUACAGACGGCUAAGGGAGUUCCUGAAAAAUUACCUGGAGAAUCUAAGGAAGGAUGGACAGGAUUUCAUGGAUGAGAUUGUGCUGAAGUUCUACACCCAACAGUGGGAAGAGUAUCAGUUCUCCAGCAAGGUGUUAAAUGGGGUGUGCGCAUAUCUCAACCGACACUGGGUGCGGAGAGAAUGUGACGAGGGCAGGAAGGGAAUCUAUGAGAUUUAUUCUCUUGCACUUGUCACUUGGAGAGACAAUUUGUUCAAACAAUUAAACAAGCAGGUGACAAAUGCCGUGUUGAAGUUGAUCGAGCGCGAGAGGAGUGGGGAGACCAUCAACACUAGAUUAGUCAGCGGAGUAAUCAAUUGCUAUGUUGAAUUGGGUCUGAAUGAAGAGGAGCCCACCUCGAAAGGUCCCACGUUAACGGUUUAUAAAGAUCAUUUUGAGAGUCACUUCCUGGAGGACACGGAAACGUUCUACACACGUGAGAGCACCGAGUUUCUCCGACAAAACCCUGUCACCGAGUACAUGAAGAAGGCAGAGGCCCGAUUGGUAGAAGAACAACGAAGGGUGCAGGUCUACCUUCAUGAGAGCACAUACGACAGUCUGGCCAGGGUCUGUGAGAAAGUACUGAUCGAGAAACAUCUCGAAAUAUUCCACUCAGAGUUCCAGAAUUUGUUGAAUGAUGAUAAGAAUGAUGAUCUUGGUCGUAUGUACCAACUCGUGUCGCGGAUCCAGGAUGGCCUUGGUGAGCUGAAGUCUCUGUUAGAGACACACAUCCACAACCAGGGAUUGUCAGCGAUCGAGAAGUGUGGCGAGGCAGCCCAUAAUGACCCCAAAGUAUAUGUACAGACGAUACUCGACGUCCACAAGAAGUACAAUGCCCUCGUGAUGACUGCCUUCAACAACGACGCUGGCUUCGUUGCAGCGUUGGAUAAGGCUUGCGGCCGCUUUAUCAAUAAUAACGCCGUCACGCGGAUGGCAAAUUCUUCCAGCAAGUCACCAGAGCUCUUGGCACGUUACUGUGAUCUCCUCUUAAAGAAAAGUUCAAAGAAUCCAGAAGAACAAGAAUUGGAGGAUACAUUAAAUCAAGUUAUGGUUGUGUUUAAAUACAUCGAAGACAAGGAUGUGUUCCAGAAGUUCUAUAGCAAGAUGCUCGCAAAGCGGCUGGUACAGCACAUGUCGGCUAGCGAUGAUGCUGAGGCUAGCAUGAUCUCAAAACUGAAGCAGGCGUGCGGUUUCGAGUACACCUCCAAAUUGCAGCGCAUGUUCCAGGAUAUUGGAGUGAGCAAAGAUCUUAAUGAGCAGUUCAAGAGACAUCUGCAGAACUCGGGAGAACCCUUAGACAUUGACUUCUGCAUCCAGGUGCUAAGUUCAGGCUCGUGGCCAUUCCAACAGUCGUGUUCAUUUGUCCUACCGAUAGAAUUAGAGCGCAGCUUCCAGCGGUUUACGACAUUCUACGGUAGCCAACACAGCGGCCGCAAACUCAUGUGGCUUUAUCAGAUGUCGAAGGGAGAACUGGUCACAAAUUGUUUCAAAAACAGAUACACUUUACAGGCGUCCACGUUUCAGAUGGCCGUAUUAUUACAGUACAACCAAGGAGAUAGUUUCUCAGUCCAGCAGUUGUUAGAAAGUACACAAAUUAAACAGGACACGUUAGUCCAAGUGCUGCAGAUACUGCUGAAAUCUAAACUGCUGGUGUCUGAGCAUGAUGAAAACGACCUCCAGCCCUGCUCGGUUCUUUCAUUAUUCCUACAAUACAAGAACCGGAAGCUUCGUGUGAACAUCAAUGUGCCGAUGAAGACCGAGGUGAAAGCAGAACAGGAAUCGACACAUCAACAUAUAGAAGAAGACAGGAAACUAUUAAUACAGGCUGCCAUUGUCAGGAUAAUGAAGAUGAGGAAAGUGCUCAAACAUCAGCAGCUGCUGGCCGAGGUCCUUAAUCAACUGUCGUCAAGAUUUAAACCAAGAGUGCCUAUAAUCAAGAAAUGUAUAGACAUUCUUAUAGAGAAGGAAUACUUAGAGCGUGUGGAAGGACAGAAGGACACCUACAGCUAUCUUGCUUAAAUCACACCAGUGCAAUUACCAAUGAGAAGCCGGUCCAAUGUGCUUGAAUCCUUGUGUGGCUAUUGCGUGUGAACUUCCUGCCCGCAAAAAUCUGGACGUCCGGACUACGUCUCCCAGUUCAAUUCACCUGACUGACUACUCUGAGUGAUCACGAGUUCGAGCAGUUUGGCUUUAGAAUAUUGUAAUUGUUGGACAUUGGCAUGCUGCAAACCACCAAUUUGUGCUCUCGGCAUCUUUCUACACUUGACCCCUCGUAAAAGAGAUUGGUGUGUAUGCGAUUUGCAACAUCUUGGGGGGGGGGGGUACAUUUUUCAUUUGAAUAAACUAAUGAAUGCUCAUUGGGUAUCAAGAUUUUUGUUGGUAAUAUUUGAGCAUUCAAGUCACAAACUAUGAGAAGUGGUGGGUGACCACUUUUGAAAAUUAAUGCUAAGUUUUAUUUCCCAGUUCAUCAGAUUCUGUGUAGUGAACAAAAAUGGUCAUCUCAUGGCUCUUGGCUAGUGUUUAGUCUCUGUUUUUCAGCAGAAAUGCAAUGACUAAGAUUUUCCCUUUAGCCAAAUUUUUAAGGUAGAAAACAAAGUGUUGAACGAUAUGAGCUUGUUUGCUCCUCAUCGAACUCCAGUUUGAGGGUUCUUUGGCCUGUUCUGUGUAGAUGACCACCUUUUUGUGGUCGUUGGUUUGAAAAACUUUGUCGUGGCAUUUGUUUUAAGUCGCCCUGUAGAAAGGGGUGGUCCCGAGGUGUCACAUGUACCAGUUUGUAUUUGAUGUUCAAGGGAUUUCUCUUAGUUUGUUGAAAAAUUGCACAAUUUAUGAUGAACGAUUGUUUUACUUUGUAAUUUUUUGUCACGUAGAGCACCGGUUAUUUGAAACAAGAUUGGCUAACCAUUAUGUCACGUGGCUGUUCAAGAUGUAACAUGCUGCUCAUGAUAUAACUUGACAAACCAUGAUUAAAUGAGAUAUGACGGUUUGCGGGCUCUCCUGUUGUAAGCUUUUGGUUUUACAGACCAGAAGACCACCCUGGAAAAACGAUUAUCCAUCUGGAAUAUUAUGAUGAGCCAGUCUUCGUGUGAUGCUAUCUUUCUUAGUGCCUAGAAAUUUCUAUGUUGCGAUUUUCAAAUGUGAAUAGGCCAUGUUCUCCCGUUUGGUUAGAGUCAACUAUAUUUGGGAUGGACUAGGGGUCAGUCCUUUCAAUGGCAGUUGUCCUUUAGUUUUCUCCAUGAAUAGCACUAGCUGUAAAUAUCAAAACACUCUAUGCUUAUUCCUGUGAUGGUAGGACAGUAGCAAGUUUCUGCAAAUCAAAAAAUCACCCCUGCAUAUCGAUUUUACGUAUGGUUGAAAGGAUUCAAAAUAACCAUACGUAAGAUCAUGAAAUGGAUACGGAUAUGUCGAACUGACAGCAUAUACAUACCUACUGUAACUCCCAAAUGUUUAUAAACUGAUAUGGUGCCACUCCUUGUUCGUAAUUACUAGUUUAGUUCGAGGGGUGACGUCUUGUGAGGGGUGGUAUGAGGGAAUAUCGACUACAAGCGCACAUUUAAAUACCUGUAUCCUGUUGUUCAAAACAAGUUAAGUCACUAACUUUUCGUUGAUGUCAACUGGGCGUUAUCUUCUACAGUUUAGUCAAUCAGACUUGACACCCAGUUAAAGUUAUCGUCACGUUGCUGACUGGGCCCAAAGUGAAAUCAAGUGGACUGAGUGGUUGUUGUUGUUAGUGUGACAGUGUUUCUUGAAAAAAGUUUGAAUGAUUUCGGAGCUCGAGGGAAACAUUCAAAUAGGCUUGACAGCAUUCUCGAAACAAGUUGUCCAUCGACUCAGAUUUCAAGAGCUUGACUUCACUUUGCAAAUGGUAUUUACGAGGUGCAUUUAAUAAGGGGCCAUGUCCCACUUUUAGAUUUCUGUGUUGAAUUUGUACAUAGGUGUCAAAAUAUUGUCCAGAAAUUUACAGUUUGCGCAAACUAACAAAGCACUUGGAAUAGAUAGUGUAUGAUGUGUACACUGAAUCUUUUGUAUUCAGUAUAAAUACAUGUAGUAAGCGUGUUUUUGGGGAGGGGGUGGGGUUGCUGUGGUUACAAAACCAGUGAAUGAUGAGGAGGUUAUGUAUGGCCCCUUUUUUUCUGGCUUCUGGUCAUGCAGUGUUGGAUAAGGGGAGGUGCAUUUGCCGCACGUCUCCCUUUUCAAUGGAGAGCAACAGGGUGCCUCUCCCCAAGAAGCCAAUGACUACUUCUGAUUUUAGCCUCAGAUACCUGGAAAAUGUACCAAAAUUUUUCUGAGGGAAGGCCCCCCUCGUUCUGUGGUAUCAAGGGAGAAGUGGGCAAACUCGAUUGCUAGCUGUGCUUGGGCAACAGAAGGACCUAAUUUGUAUCAAGGCUGUUGAUUACCCAACUAGUGCAACAGGUCUUCUACCUUUAAAAGAAAGUACUUAACAUAAUUUGUGAUAAGUGUACAAUAGCUCGAGCCUCUGACUGGGAUUUUUUUUCUUUUUGAAAUUCCCUUCAAGUGGCAUUGGGUUUGUUUUGGCUACCUGCAAUUACUGCUAAUUUCAGCUCUGCAUUGUCUCGGGUGGUCUGAAGUUGGUAACAUUUGAAAUGCUAUUUCAAUGACCGAAUCAGUUUUGUUGAGAGUGCUUGGGCUAGACCCGUUAAGCUAAAAGGUAUUCGCUCAGUAAUUUUCUUGGGAAUUUAAAGUACCACGCAAAUGAGUGGUGAUAACUAUCACAGGUGAGUGCAUCAAAAAUCUCUCAUUUGUGGAGAAUGUUAGCCAUGGGACAGACGGAACAGAGCAAGAUUUACAGUAAUUUACUUGCAAUCCCAGAAGUGGUGAAUGAUUUGAAACGACUGGCUUAGGAGCCCAACGAAAACAAAAAAAAAUGUAAUGUAUUGUCAGUUAAUGUAUAUGCUAUAAGUUGUGCAUCUAAAACUAUUUAAAUAAAACUGAGACGUUAAAUUUGUA